AUGUUAAAGUUAUUCAAAAGCAAUUCUAAUAAAACCAAAGAAAAUGAAGUAAUUAGUAUGAAGUUUGAAAAAACUGAAAAGACUGUUAAUUUAUAGACCUACAAUACAAGAGCUAUAUAAUUGAUAGAGUAGUAGGAUUUGUUUUAUCUGCAGGCUGACAAAUAAAUCACAAAUAUUCAAACCUGCUUAUAAAUCGAUAGAAAAACUGGAAAUAUUUCAGAAAUACCACAAGAUGAGGUUAAAAGCAGCAAAGUUUUAACAGAUUAUAGUGGAUUUUUAGGUAUUAUUAAUAUUGCAGGUGUUAAUUUUUUAAUGUUUGUGAAAGAUGUCCACAUUCUAUCUGUUCUUGAUGGAAGAGAUAAAAUUUAUGAAAUGGUUUCGCUGGAUUUUGUGCAAAUUCAUUAAUCAGCUAAUAAGUUAUCAAAAGAUAUCCAUGAAUUUACAUCUUAUAUUGAAAAGUAUUUAUGCAGCAAAAAUGGAGGAUAUUACUUCUCGUAUACUUAUCCUUUAACUGUGUCGCAGUAAAAAAUUAAUGAUUUAAGAAAACUUUAAUAAAACUUGAAUAAACCAGUCUUUCACUUAGUAGAUAAUGAUUUCUUAUGGAAUCACCACCUUCUUAAACCUCUGGUUGAUUAAAUGGUUUCUAAAGAGUGGCAAGCUUAGCUAAUCCAAGGUCACGUUUAUAAUGUAGUAAUAGGAAGCGAUGCCAAAAAUUUAAUUUUUUAUACAAUCAUUUCAAGGAGAUAAUGCAAGAGAGGUGGUACUAGAUAUAAUCAUAGAGGAAUUGACUCUGAAGGUUAUGUAGCUAAUUUUGUAGAAAGUGAAUAAAUUAUUCUAUUUAAUUCUAUGAAAAGAAUAAUCUCACAUCUGUAAAUUAGAGGAAGUGUACCUUCUUACUGGACUUAGAGAGGUAUUUCGGCAAAAUUGAUAAUUGAAUCAUCAAGGGAGCUUUCUGAUCAAGCAUGUUCAUUGCAUCUUAACUAUCUUAAGAAUAAUUACAAUAAUGUUAUUUGUGUAGAUCUUAUGACUGAAAAUAAACAAGAUGAAUUAAAAUUGAUGACAGAAUUCAGGAAUCUUUUGCUUAAUCCUUCUACUGAAAGUAAUUCAAUUGGCUAAAUUAAAAAAGACUUUUAAGGCUUUAUUUAAUAUUUUGAAUUUGAUUUCCAUAGAGAAGUAAAAGGCGAUAAAUUUGAGAAUAUUGAUAAAUUUAUUAGUAGCACUUUUCUUUAAGAUUUGUAAAAUUAUGGAUGUUUUGUUAAAAAGUACUCAUUAGAGUUUGAUUAGAUAGGGAAAUCUUUGAAUGACUAGAUAGGCGAGGUUUAGUGGAGACAAAAAGGAAUCGUCAGGACGAAUUGUUUAGAUUGCUUAGAUAGGACUAAUUUCUUCUAAUUAAGAGUUGCUUUUAAUGCUGUUUAGAAAGUAAUAUUUCCUUACUUAGGAAUUGAGUUAAAAAAUGCAGACUUUGACAAUUUUUGUAAAGAUUUUCAAUAUAGCUGGGGAAAAAAUGGUGAUAGAAUCAGUAAUCACUAUGCUGGAACAAAAGCAACUACUUCCAUGGUUGCUAAAAAAGGAAAAUCUGGAGUUUUGGGUUUUAUUAAAGGGAAAUUGACUUCAGGAUAAAGAUUCUUCAAAGGAAUUUUCACUGACGCUUAUAAAUAACAAUGUUACAGCGUUAUUCUUGGAGAACACUAUGAGACCUAGCAAAACUUAGAAUAUCAGGAAAAUUUGUAUAAAGAAUUAAAAUAGGCAGAAAGUAGAUUUAUAAGCCAUAAUAAUAUAACUAUUUUUGUUGCUUCAUGGAGCGUCAACUCAUAUGUUCCUGACAAAAAAUCGAACCUUAACACAAUUUUUAAAAAUAAUCUCCACAAUACUAACUGCAAUUAUAAGAUUAGAAACAUGCAAUAGUCCUCAAUUAAAGAAACAGAUAGCAGAUAGAUUUCAUAAGGAGGAAAAGAUUCUAUUUUCUCAAUUAAAAAUUCUAAAAAAUGCGAUAUAGUUAUAGUGGGUCUUCAAGAAAUUGUUGAAUUGAGUGCUAAAAAUAUCCUUUAGAUUAGUUAACCAAAAUCCACAGAUUUAUAAUAAAAAUGGUAGGAAUUAAUACAUGAGCACAUAGGUGGAUAAUAAGAAUAUUUCUUUGUUGAUUCUCACAGUAUGGCUGGAAUAACAACCUUCAUUUUUGCAAGGGUCGACUUGAAAGAGAAGAUUUCAGAUAUAGAAUAUGAUGAUGUUCCAACCAAUUUAGGUGGAAAAUUCAUUAACAAAGGUGGGGUUGGUUUUAGAUUCUGGGUUGAUGAUACUUCGAUUGCGGUAUUAAAUUGUCAUUUACCAGCAGGACAGUCAAAUAUUGAUUAAAAGAUAUCUUCAUUUAAUAGCAUACAUCAGAAAUUAUUUUAGUAAGAAGGUAUGGCAAUUUAUAAGAGAGACCCUAUUUGGAAGUCAGAUAAAGUCAUUUUAAUGGGAAAUUUAAAUUUUAGAGUAGAUAAGAAAGAGAAAGACUGUAAAAAUGAAAUUUAAUAAAUUAUAAAUUUACAAAAAGGAGGAGAAUUUGUUAAGUCUUCUUAAGAAAUUUAACAAAAAUUAAUUUCUUAUGAUCAACUUAAGUGUUUAAAUUAUUUAGCAUAGAAUUAAAAUUCAUCACAAAAAGAAAAUGUAGAUCAAAAUUUAGAAUUCUAGCCAUUAAGUUCAGAUGCAAAAAAAUACUUUAAUAAUUACAUAAGCGACUGUAAGUUAUACCUCGAAAAUUACUAUGAAAAAAAAAUACACUUUCUUCCAACUUACAAAUUCGAAGUAGGAUCUGAUAACUAUCAUAAUUCUUGGAAAUCAAGAGUGCCUUCUUAUUCUGAUAGAAUCUUUAUUUGGGAUGUUGAAAAGUAAAACUAAGGCAUCGAAUAAUCAUAUCUCUAAUACGAUAGUGUAUAUGGCAUAGAUAACUCUGACCACAAGCCAAUUUUUGCAAUUUUAACUUUCGAUGUAAAGGAAAUUGAUUAUUAAUUGAGAGAAUAAAUUAUAGAAGAAAUUAUUCUGAAGCAGUAAGGUAAAACUUAGUCAAAUUUUUUAAUGAAUCUAAAUAAUGACGAUAAUGACUUUUAUGAUUAGAAUGAAAAUAUUACGUAAAAGGGAGCAUUUGAAAGUUUUGUUGAUAAAGAUUUUUUUUCUUCAUGA